UUCAAUAGAACUUAAUCCGAACGAUUCGAUACAACUCUUUUUUGUAGCUACCAUUUUGCAAAAGAUUUUGCUCAACACGUGCUCGGCGCUUGAUUUUUAAAGUUUCUACGUAAAACAAAUAAUUAUAAUGGCAGAAGAAUCGUUCUAUGGCGUCACCCUGACCGCAGAAGACAACAGCGAAACCUGGGAUGUUGUCGAUGAGGACUACUCACGCGGCCAGAAGCUUGUAAUCAAGCAAAUAUUGCUGGGCGCCGAGGCAAAGGAUAAUGAGUUCAAUGUAGUCGAGGUGACCUCACAAAAGGACACUGUACAGAUUCCGAUUGCCGUGCUGAAGGCUGGUGAGACGCGGGCUGUAAAUCCCGAUGUGGAGUUCUAUGAGACGAAGGUAACAUUCAAGCUGAUUAAGGGCAGCGGACCGGUCUACAUUCACGGGCUAACCAUUAAGGAUGAUGUUGAGGUGGUCGACAUGGAGGAGGAGGAUGAUGAAGACGAGGCCGAGGAUGUUGAGAUUGAGCAUCCAAAGAAGCGAAAGAUUGAACAGAAUGCCGAUGGCAAAAAUGCCAAGAACCAGAAGAAGAAGUAAAACAUCGAAAAGUUUCUAAGCUAUAUCUGUAGAUUUAAAAAAAAAGUGUUUUAGGCCCUAUAUACACAAUAUAUAAUUACAUAUUUUACGAUGUAUAACUUGAAAAUGUACUUUUAGUUCCUUUUCUCAGAUCCUUAAAAAAUGAUUCAACAGCAAUUCAACAAUAAUAAAUAAUGAUGAUGUACUACUAACUUUUAACUCUUAAGCAAUAAGCCAAGUUAACUAUCAAACUAGUUGCAUUUCCACAAUAUGCAAGAAUAUUUGCAACAUCUAGGUCAAAGCUAAUUGAAGCUCAUUAAUUGUAUAUAACAACUUGCGAUACAACUUCAAUUACAACUAGAACCCCGCCAGACUUCCAAUUCACAAAAUUGUGGUAUGAAAAAAUAAAUUGUCAUCGGUAUACAAGAAUAA